GUUUGUGACGGCACAUGAUGGCAGCCUGGACUGGAUGGAUACUGCUGAUGUGUGCGGUCCUCACUGGGCAAGGGUCAAAGGCUCAGGAUUGUGGGCUGGCACCUCUGAACACAAGGAUAGUGGGUGGUGAGAAUGCCACAGCUGGGGCAUGGCCCUGGCAGGUUAGCAUGCACAUUAAUUUUGCAGCGAUUCACAUCUGUGGCGGGACCCUCAUCAGUGACCAGUGGGUACUCACAGCAGCCAGCUGCAUCAUAUUAAACUUUCCUAGUGUAUGGAUUCUCUACUUCGGAAGAAAGACUCAGUCUGGCCCCAAUGUUCAUGAGGUGAACCGCACCGUGUCCCAGAUCAUCAUCCACCCUGACUACAACAAUGUUCCGGUCAACAACGACAUUGCCCUAAUGAAGCUCAGCAGCCCUGUCAAUUUCACUGACUACAUCAGACCUGUCUGCCUGGCAAGUAACUUCAGCCAGUUUUACAACUCCACCCCCUGCUGGGCCACUGGCUGGGGCAGACUUGGAAAGGAUGAGCCCCUAGCAGCCUUUGACUCACUGCAGGAGGUUCAGAUUCCUGUCAUUGGAGAAAAGCAGUGCAGUUGCGACUACCUCCCAAUACAAGGAAUAAACAUCACUGACAAAAUGAUUUGUGCAGGACAAAAGAACAAAGGAGCAUGCCAGGGGGAUGGCGGUGGACCUUUGCAAUGCAAACAGUCCACAAUGUGGAUCCAGGCUGGCAUUGGCAGUUUUCUAAUACCUUGUGCUCUAGAUGGUUUUCCUGAUGGUUACGCCCGAGUGUCUGAGUUCCAGACUUGGAUCAUGGAUCAAGUGAUGGGCGCAAAUGUUCACUUUGUGACAUUCAGAUCCAGUGGCACCGACCAGGACAACAGCUUUGUGUGUCGCAGCUCCGUCCCUGGAAAUGCAACCACAGCAGCUCCAAAUGCAACUUCCACAGCAGCUCCAAACACAACAUCCACAGCAGCUCCAAACACAACAUCCACAGCAGCUCCAAACACAACAUCCACAGCAGCUCCAAACACAACAUCCACAGCAGCUCCAAAUACAACUUCCACACCAUCAACUGUUGCAACUGAACUUACAAUGGUUGUCAUCUUAGUGACACUGUUCCUGCAGCACAUUGUAGCGCCAUAGCACAGGUUUCAACUUACAAUUUCUUCUUCUGUUGUUUUGGGAUAUCUUGUCUUGAAAAUAAUUUUAGAUUAUAUUUAUAACAUGAUGAUUCUAGCGGAGUUUGUUUGGUGAAAGUGUCACCACACUGUAGCUUUGAAGCAUGGUUUUGUCUUUGUUGUAACAUUUCUUUGAAUGUCCUAUUUUAAUGCAACACAAACUUCA